AGAAGGAGCCUCUCUCUUUCUGCCCAGCGCAGCAGCAGCAGACUGGGCUUCUUCUUGCCCCGGAGCUGCCUGGCUGCCAAAGGCAAAGGGAGGAUCAUGCCCCCGGUGGAUCGGGCCCCACCAAGGCCAAGCCAUAACCCAUGACAACCUCCAGCGCAAUGUUCUACAGGUCGCCUUCCUCGGCCAUGUCUCCACCAUCGAAAAACAAGUUCAAGCGGCAAAGCCGGAUCUUUUCCCAGGUCUUGUAUCGGACGCUGAGCUACAAGGACCGCAGCUCGGUAGCUUCCUACCCGCCAGAGAACAAGGAUGACCCCUCGGAGCUUUCCACUCAGAUUUCGGUGCCAGGGGUGCUGAAGGUGUUCGGAUGCCACAUCUGUGUGGGCACCCAUUACAAAAGUGUGCUGGCGACCACCAGUUCCAGCGCCCAGGAGCUAGUGAAAGAAGCCCUUGAGCGGUAUGGACUGGACAAAGUGGAUGCUGGGCAUUACGUCCUUUGUGAUGUUAUUGGGAAAUUUUCGGGUGUGGAGAGGCAAUGGCAGAUGGAAGGGCUGAGGGUCCUCCGGGACAAUGAGAAACCCCUUCUGAUCCAGGAUCUUUGGAAGCCUCGGGAAGGAUUCUCAAGGAGGUUUGAACUCCGGAAGCGAUCCGAAGUGGAAGAGUUGGCCGCCAAAGACAAAGACACCAUCACUGCAGGUAUAAAUGCCCAGGCCCGGAAACUCCAGCGGAAUCGCGCCAAAGGCAACAUGACGCUGUUGACGGGAUGCAAGAACCACACCACGCCACCCAGCCUCCGGCGCACAGUCAGUGAGACCAGCCUCAGCCAGUCUGGUGCACAGGACAAUGGAGAGGAAGAGGAGCAGUUCAAGCGGCACUAUUCCACUUUGCCCGAGACGCUGUGGUGUCUGGAGAGCAGCCGAGAUGGGCGGCCGGUUCCCGGAGAGGAUCAGAAUUGCAACAGCAUGCGCUACUCCCUUUAUCAGUCCCCACAUCUCCUGCUUUUGCAGGGUUACAGCCAGCAACAUGACAGUUUGGUUUACAUGCUAAACCGAGACCAGCACACCGUCGGCCAAAGAACUCAAGCCAGCAAACCAAGUAUUAGCCUUUCCGCCCCGGACAUCCUUCCCCUCCAUUGCACCAUCCGGCGGAUUAAGGCUUCCAGCCGUUCCCGACAUCGCUCCGAAGAGAAGCUCGUCUUGGAGCCCAUCCCGGGUGCCACUAUCUCCAUCAACUUCUCCGAGGUGGGGAGGACGGUCACACUCCACCACGGAGACCUCAUCUCCCUUGGCCUUUACUACUUGCUCCUCUACAAGGACCCCCUGAAAACCCAGCCUCUGCCAGCUCAGACCCUCAUGCGCCUCCGAGCCGUCCGCCGGGCCUCCGAACCAGAGCUUUCCUCCGGGUGCAAAAUGUGUGGAAACCCCUUCAAAGAUAAGGCUGGCUCUUCGUCCAAAAAGCAAGGGGGCCACCAUGCCCAGGUCCCAUCGGGUCGGAGAGGUGGCCGGAGGAAGCUCCAACUGGACUUCGACAAAGCCAGUGAAGAUUUACUCCUCAGGAGGAUUGUCACACUCAUUGAACCCACUGGAGAUGACCACAAGCUGACGCCGGCCUUCCUCCUCUGUCUUUGCAUUCAGCACUCUGCCAACAACUUCAAGCCCGGCGAGUUUGGACAACUGCUUCUCAAGACGGCCAAGAUGAUCCAAAGGACUGUGUGGGAGAAAACCAAUGAGCUUGCCGAGAAGCAGUCCCAACACCAGGAUCCAGCAUCGCUCUCCCGCUUCACUAUCACAGACCUGCUCCCCGAUCUCCAGCACAUCCUCUUCUGGAUGUCCAACUCCAUCGAAAUCCUUUACUUUGUCCAGCAGAAAUCCCCAGUUUAUAUCCAAAAUAUGGAAGAAGAGCUGGAUAUCAAAGGUUCCAAGGAGUCCCUCUUUUCCCUGACUAUCACUGCCAGUGAGGAAGCCAUGACGGUUUUGGAGGAAGUCAUCAUGUACACUUUUCAGCAGUGUGUCUAUUAUAUAUCCAAGUCUCUGUAUGUCUCUUUGCCUCCUCUGUUGGAGUGCAACCCGUUCCAAAGCGAAGGGCGAGAUGGCUGGCUCUCGUCUCCUCCGUUGCCCGAGGAAAUCCGUAAAGUGGUGCUCAUCUACCAGGCCAUCUUGGACCUCCUCCACCAGUACGAGGUUCAUGUGGAAAUUGCCUCCCAGAUGUUCGCCUAUCUGUUCUUCUUCUCCAACACCUUGCUCUUCAACCAACUCAUGGAGAGAGGUUCCUCUCUGGGGUGCUUCCACUGGUCCAAAGGAGUCCGGGUGAGGGCCACCCUGCGGCUUCUCCUGGAAUGGAUCCAGAGUGUGGGUUUUAAGCAACUAGCAGACCAGUUCUUUGGCAAGCUGUCCAGCGUGGCAAGCCUGUUGGCCAUGCCAAAUUCCCAGCUGGUGCAGAUGACUUGGUCCAUGUUGAGAACAGAAUUCCCAGCUCUGAACCCUGCGCAACUGAAUCAUAUCCUGACCCAAUAUCAGGCUUCAUCCGAUGUGGGGUGCGUACCUGUCUGGCAACCUAGCAAGGACGAUAGCGUUUCUGCGUUCAGGACAGAUGACAUCCUGGAGUCAUUCGACAACCACCCUCCUAUUAUGCUGCCCAGCGGAGGAUUCAAAGUGGACCUAGAGGUGGACAACCUGGAUGACAAUAUUUACCGGCACCUCCUCUACAUCCGUCAUUUCCUUUGGAGCCUGCACAGCAAAAGUCCCCAUCCCAUGGACUCUCCAGAAGCAGAGACCCCAAAGACUGAAGCAAUCAGCUGCCAAACCAGCCCACAAGUGGACUCGGAAACGACAACUACCGGGCUGUCCAUGGUCACAAGCUCCUUUGGCCGGGUGAACCGCAGGCGGCCUAUUAGCUACGCAGAGCCGAGGAUGGAAGGUGUCCAGAAUGUCAAUGGAUCCACCCGGGAAUAUGAUGCCUCCGAGAUGCAAUUUCCGGAGGCCUUACAGCAGCUCCACUUGGAGGGGCCACAGGGCAAGAGCAACGCUAAGGUUGUCACGGGAUCACCAGACCCCUCAUGCUUGCUAACCCCACCGAACACACCUCUGACGUUUGACUCCACAAGUCCUGAACUGACCCCAGAGACCAACCUGGGAAAAAGCGUGAUGGAUCCUCGGAGGAACGGAUUCAGUGGUGGCAAGACUACAACCCCUGAAGGCUCUUCGCCAACACCCUACGACUUCCCGACUCCUGCUUCUUCAAGUCGCAGCUCAGCCACAGAUGAUUUCUGCUACGUCUUUGUGGUGGAACUGGAAAAGGGACCCAUCGGCUUGGGAAUGGGACUGAUAGAUGGUCUGCACACACCCCUGAAUUCUCCUGGGAUCUACAUUAGGACUUUGAUCCAGGACAGCCCUGCAGCAGAAGACGGCAGACUCUCCAUUGGGGACCGUAUCCUUGCUGUCAAUGGCACAAGUCUCGUCGGUUCGGACUACCAGAGUGCUGUAGACCUUAUCCGUUCAGGGGGAAAGAAACUGCGGUUUCUGGUGGCCAAGUCUGACCUAGAGAUAGCCAAGAAGAUCAGCUUCGGUUCUUCUCCGACUCCAUAAAAACCAUCCACUCGAGAGUUCUUCCAUACUCACCUGCCAUGGAAACUGCAUCAUGGACAAUGAAGCCAGUGAGUGACGCAGAUGGAUGGCAGGCUAGGAACAUCUGGAACCUGGUCAGUUUGGAGGGCAGAUAGUUGUUUCUUGCGGUGAGAAGAUUCCACCGUGAUCCAAACAAAACAGUAUUUAGGAAGAGAGGUUGCAAACAUUCUCUUCCAGCAGCUAUUCAUGACCGCACAAACUCUGAACAAGCCAACUUCCAUCUCCCCAGGUAUAAGCCAUCUGUGUUAUACAGAGCCUUUUAAGUCUGGGUGCUGUUUAUCCAAAUCUAACUUGAUUCCUUGCUGGUUCUUCCAAACUAUGGCCUGUUCCUAUUUUUCUUUCCUUGCUAUGCUCAAAACUGCCCUCAAGUUGUUGAACGCUGUGGAAGCCAACACUCUUGCUGUUCAAACAGCUAGACUACAGAGGGGUGUUCCAGGUCAGUAGACAGCUGUCACUCCCCAUUGAGAGCUGGAGUAUUUAAUUUCUUUUGGGUUCUUGCAUUUUUCUCUGAUCUCCACUGAGGUCCUCUUUGGUCAUAGUGGGCUCUGUGAGGGUGCAAAAGUUAAAGCAGGCUCAGGGAAUUGCUAUUCUGUCUGCUCUCUGUAGCAGGUCAGAAGUGCAUCCAGGUAACCGAAGGUAGAAGCUUCAUGAAAGAAGACCCCCAUUUCAUUUUAAAAUUAUGAAUGACUACACUGAUACAGCGGGAUACUAAAAAGUGUCUGUUUGCAAAUCAAUCUUUGAAAUGCUGCCAAUGCACAUAAAAAGAGGGCAUGUAACGGAGAGCUUCUGUGCUUUUCUGUGGACAUGGUAAUAGGCGAAAGCGACUGGGUGCAGCUUUUGUCAGCCCCUUUAGAGCAAGGCUUCUUAACCCGAGAGAGUUCCAAGUGUGCCACUGCCAAAGUGGCCCAUGGCUCCCCAAAAGGAUUAAGAACUCUUGCUUUAGGAAUCUAUAAAACAGGGGUCAGAAUAGAGGAGAGCUGGGUUCAAAGUCACAGCCAUCUGGAAAGCCUUUUCAACCCAUGUUCCUCCUUUCUAGCUCACCUCACCGGGUUAUUGUUCUCAAGAUGGUGAGAGAGAGAUGUGGGAAGCUUGCACCAGCUGAUUUUUUAAUGUUGCACAUCUCUUUAAAAAAAGGAAUAGUACCCUUGCUAUAUAUCUUUUUAAAAACAGACAGCAGCUAUGCAUGCUGGAUGAUCAGCAGUUAUCUUGUGACAAGGCCUGGGCUCUGUGGAUUUCACCAGAGGCUUAUCACAAGGCAAACCCCAUCCGCUGAGAGCCCUGCCGAGGUGCCUAUUACUGGGUCAGUGGCAGGUGAUGACAUCAAACUAUGCCCAGCUUCAGAAACCAAACAUUCUCCCUCUCCUGGAACAUCAGAUGGUUUGAAUUGCUGAGGUCUGGGAGCCAAAAGAAUGGCUCAGUUCUUCCAACUGUCUGCUGCCAACAGCAACAGUCUUUUGAGCAGAGCAUUAGCUUAAGAGAGGCAACAGUGCCGCUGUGUGGCUUUUGGCUCUCCCUGCACCCACAGAUCUCCCAGAAUUUCUUCACAUGAUGAGUGGGAGAUGCAUCCCAGAAAAUGCAUCAGAGAUGCUUGUUAAUGGCUCUGAAGGUAACAAACCUCCACCUUAGCAACUGAUGUUCGGUUGUGCUCUGCCUCUGAACAUUGAGACCUUAUUUGUCUUAGCAGAUAGUAGUUUCUGGCAGAUCCAUCUUCCAUAAAUCACCUAAUUGAGAGAUGGGGAAAAUAGUCCUCCAGGUUUUGCUGUACUAUCACUCCCAUCUUCCUUAGUUCAAGCUGGCAUAAUGUCUUCAUGAAAACAAACAUUAUCCAUGUCUCAUGGCAGCUCUAUGAAGGACCCCAAGAGUCUGUAUUGUAUAUACCUUAUCUCGAGGCUUGAAUUGAUGAAUUUUAGGAACCAAGUCUUUCCCAGGGUCCCUUUCAUGCAAAGAGGAAUUAAUAAUUUGUAAAAACCCUGUUCCAAUGACUUGCCCUUGAAUGGGAGAGGCUACCUUUUUCUAAGCAAACACUAUUCAACUGGGAUUUAUCAAAAACUAACACCGACUAGAAUUUUCCAACUCCCUUUCCCACAGAAAUGUGCAUUCUUUGGCUUGGGUUACUGAAGGACGCUUGUUUGCUCUCAGGAGCGGAGAGGAACAAUGGCCUCCCAGUUGCUUGGUUUGUUAAUAUUGUGCAUCUUUUUAAAAAUGUAUAUAGCUAUAAUAUUGCAGAUGAUGUUAUAAACAGCAAGGCCAUCAGUAUGGGGCAUGUGGAUUCAGAAUACUAUCCUCUGUGUUAAAGAACAAACUGGAUACAAUAAAAUUAGCAAUUGUUGUAACAACA